AUUUGAUACCUUUUUGGCCGCGAUCGCAAGAGUCCCCGACUUUGCCAAACAAACUUGCCGGCUCCUCCUGCUCGUAUCGUCGCGCAUGUGUUCCAGUUGGAUGUAGAGUCGCGUCCACGACACCGCUGGUUUUUUUUCUUUCGCACCACGGUUCAAGAUGCCCGGCGCAACGACCGCCGUCGAGAGCUUCGACAUUGUGGGCACGUACAAAAGCCUGCUUCGCGAUGACCCCGACCUGACCAUGCCCGUUGCCGCAAUUGAGUCUCUCGUGCUCGCUCUGGCACACCACCCCACUUCCACAAUCACGGAGACGCUCGAGUACCUCAAAUCCUUGACGGACCAGCUGAUCGCGUCCACGCCGAACCCGAUCUCGCUGUCCGCAGGCACGGACCUUUUCCAAAGAUAUCUCAUCGCAAGUUUGCGGCCGGGCAGCGGACUAGGCACAGGGGACUUUCAGCAAGUCAGGCAGCACUUGCUGAGCCACGGCAAGCAGUUUGCCGAGAGGGCGAAGGCGGCGAGGGAUCAGAUCGCGGCGUUUGGCACACACUUCAUCCGAGACGGAUGCACGGUGCUCACGACCGGCGGGUCGAGAGUGGUGGGCGCGCUACUGAGAGAGGCUGCAGAGGCCAGCGGCGGAAGUGUGAGGUUCAAAGUCAUAUACGUGUUGCCCUCGGCGUCGGCCGAGGGUAAGGAACUGGAGGGCUCGAAUAUCGUUGCUUCACUACGGCACAAGGGCGUGCCUGUAGCUACGAUACCAGAAGGCGCGGUAGGAUAUGCAAUGGGGAAGGUGGACAUGGUCAUCGUUGGUGCCGAAGGCGUGGUGGAGAACGGCGGCGUCAUCUCAAGGCUGGGCACCUACCAGCUUGCCAUGCUCGCAAAGGUCACGAACAAGCCAUUCUACGUUGUCGCCGAGGCACACAAGUUCGUGCGGCUCUUUCCGCUUGGUCAGUACGAUUUGCCCAUCGACCAGCGCAUAAUCGACUUCAAGACCGAGGCGGACGAGAAGAAAGCCAUCGAGGGCGGCGAAGAGGGAUACUUUGCAAAGUCAAGAAGUGGAAGCAACGGCGUCAGCGAGGCUGUGGACUUCACUCCGCCGGAGUACAUCUCGGGCAUCAUCACCGAGAGCGGUGUUCUGACACCGAGCGCAGUCAGCGAGGAAUUGAUUAAAAUUUGGUUUUGAGCAGGGCGACGCUCAAAAGCACAAAUUCUUCACUCGCCCUCGAGUCGCAUCUUGCGAAGUGUCUCAAAAACCACAGGAGAGUUUGUAAACUCUUACCUUGGCGACAGCUUCGAGCUGUUCACGCAUAAAAUGCAAAUAUACAUUGAACGGGAAGACUAACCGCCUUUAAGUCUGCUUCUAGCCUUGAGGCCGAGGAAGAGACACUGGCAAGCGAUUGAAUGUAGCUGGAUUUCCGUUUAAUCGAAAGAUCCACAAAGCAGAGGGCUAGCCGUCAUCAAAUACCGACGCGCUGUGAACUUACAGCUAGUUCGCACGUAAUUCGUAUCUUACUUGGUUCUCUACGCAAUUUUUGCUCUCCUCUUCAUCUUGUCCUUUUAACAUCGCAUUCUAACUUUAUGAAAUAUAAAACAUGAAAAUAUGGC